UUCUUUCUAAACAUGACAUCCGGUUGGAGCAGGGGCUGAUCUGCUGAUUAUUUAGGGGCUGGUUUGAACGCGCUUUUAAACAUAUAAAUGCAUACAUUUAUGCGAUUUGCUGCUUUAAAUAAAAGGUCCACCGCGUUCCUGAGACACCUUGAUGAGCAUCCUACUUUAUUUUACAGCCGUGUGUAAGUCCACCUGAGUGCUGGGAUCAUGAAUAAGCAGCCCAGUAAGGAGUCUCUGAAGGACAAGCUGAAGGGGGUGUUUGGGCUGACCCCCCGUAUAUCUGCCAAACAGACCGAGAGCAAGCCGUCGGAAUUCAUCAUCACUCACGACAUCUUGAAGGAGCUUGCUCCGGAGUGUGGGCUGAGUAACCGAAUAAGGGUCAUCAACAAUGUAUGUGACCUCGCCAGGUCCAAAAAGUUUGAGGAGAAUGCCGUGGAGGCGUUAUGGAAGGCGGUGGAGGACAUGAUGCAGCCUGAACAACCAUCUGAAGCUCGACACGCUGUGCUACUGCUGCUCAGAGCUAUAGUACAGGGACAGGGGGAAAGACUGGGUCCACUGAGAGCGUAUUUCUUUAGGAUCAUUCGGGACUACCAUCCGUGUAACGAGGACCUGCCUGAGAGGCUCGGGGUGUUCAAGGCCCUCACGGAGAACGGGAAAGACGUCACCUACCUGGAGGAUGAGAUAGCUCGUUUCGUGGUGGUUUGGAUGGACACGGAUUUGACUGCUGAUUUCUUGCAUGUGCUUGUCAACCUGGUCAAGUUCAACUCCUGCUACCUGGAUCAGAACGUCUCACAGAUGGUGCAGAAGAUCUGCUUGCUGUGUAACCGGACCACAUCCUCCACAGAUAUCGAGGUAGCUCUACAGGUGCUGGAUGCAGUCGUGUGCUAUAACUGCUUGCCGUCCAACUCUCUAACCGUCUUCAUCAUCACGCUGUGCAGAACGGUUAACGUGAAGGAGUUCUGCGAGUCCUGCUGGAAGCUGAUGAGGAAGGUGUUGGGGACUCACCUGGGCCACAGUGCUAUCUACACCAUGUGUCGCAUCAUGGAGGAAAGGGCGUAUAUGGAGGAUGCCGCUCUGCUGCGAGGUGCCGUGUUUUUCGUCGGCAUGGCGCUGUGGGGUGCUCAUAGACUCCCCGCUCUCAAAAACACACCCACGCUGGUGCUGCCUUCAUUCUACAAGGCUAUGAACUGCGCUAACGAGGUGGUGUCCUACGAGAUCGUCCUGUCAAUCACGCGGCUGAUCAAGAAGUAUGGCAAAGAACUGCAGGUGGUCACCUGGGACAUCCUGCUGGCCGUCAUAGAGAGACUCCUGCUGCAGAUACAGAGCGUGGGCAGUCCUGAGCUGAAGGCGAUUGUGUUCGAGUUGUUGAGUACGGUGGAAGAGCUGUAUGAGCAGAACGACUACCAUGGAUCCACAGAGCAUUUCUUCAGCCUGGUGGAAAAAUGCGCUGAAAAACGACCCGAUGCAUCAGUGCUUACUCUAAUCUCGUACCGAGCCCAGUCCAUCCAUCCUGCCAAAGACGGCUGGAUCCAGAGCCUCCAUCGCCUCAUGGAGAAAUUCUUCAGGAAUGAGACACGCAGUGUGAUCAGAAUCAAAGUGCUGCACAUCCUCUCGUUCGUCCUCAGCACCAACAGGCAGCUCUAUGAGGAGGAGCUGAUCGAGGUGGUGGUGCUGCCGCAGCUGGGGCAGAUCGCCGAGGACCGGGACCUUUCUGUGCGUAAACAGGCCACACAGCUGCUGGUGGAUCUCGCUGAGGGCUGCAACACACACCACUUCAACAGCCUGCUCGACAUCAUCGAGAAGGUGGCAAGUCGUCCACUGUCAUGCUCUGUAGAUGGAGAGAGAGAGCUCUUGGCUGACUCGCCCAUGGAGGACGUCAAAACUGCCAUACUGGGGCUGUUGGAGAUCCUGCAGUGUAAGCUGUACAGUCUGCCAGCCAGUCACGCGAGUCGAGUGUACGAGUUGCUGAUCAGUCACCUGCAGCUCCACUACAAAAACAAGUACUGCUCCGCCCUGGCCAGUUCCGUACGCCUACAGGUUUUUGAUUUCUUGCUGCUGAUGAGAGCUGAUUCGCUGCACCGUUUGGGCGUGCCCAAUAAAGAUGGAGUCCUGCGCUUCAGCCCCUACUGCUACUGCGAUGUGGGUGGGACAGAGAAGAGAGAGGUGGAGAAAAAGCCAACAGGAACCGUUUCAUCACCAACAGGAAGUCCCGCCCCUGCAGCUCCGCCCACCUCCAUCCGUACUGCCUGCUUGCCCUACAGCCUCGCUUUCAGUGUGCUGCUGCAGUGUCUGAAGAUGGAAUCGGACUGGAAGGUUCUGAAGCUGGUUCUGGAUAAGAUGCCGUGGACACUGCAGUAUAAAGUUUUGCUCCUCACAUCACCGUGUAGUGUAGAUCAGCUGUGCUCCACCCUCUGCUCUAUGGUGACUGAUCGUCUGAUCUCAGAGCGGUUAAAGCGAACUCCGGAUGGUUUCUCCCGCACUGAUGUCCAGCUGGCUGUGGUUCCGGUUCUGACCGCACUCGCGUCUUAUCACAGUUACUUAGAACAGUCCAGACAGAGGGAGCUGGUGCAGUGUUUGGAGACGGGGCUGAUCUACCGCUGUGCUAAGCAGUGUGUGGUUGCUCUGACCAUGUGUACGGUGGAGAUGCCCGACAUCAUGAUCAAACUGCUGCCCGCUCUCAUCGUCAAGCUCACCCACAUCUCGGCAACCGUCGCCAUGGCACCGCCCAUGCUCGAGUUCCUGUCCACCCUGGUCAGGUUGCCUCACCUGUACGCUAACUUCGUAGCCGAGCAGUACGUCAGUGUGUUUGCCAUCUCGCUGCCCUACACAAACCCCUCUAAGUUUAAUCAGUACAUCGUGUCUCUCGCCCAUCAUGUGAUCGCCAUGUGGUUCAUCCGCUGCAGGAUGCCCUUCAGGAAAGACUUUGUGCAGUACAUCACCAAAGGUCUCCGGUCGAAUGCUCUGCUCCCAUUCGAUGACUCACACGAGCAGAGCAGCUUCCGGGCGCGCAGCACCAGUCUGAACGAGAGGCCAAAGAGUCUGAGAACUGCCAAAGUGGCGAAGCAGAGCCAGAGCGCUAACUCCCCCGUUAAAGAGCUGAAAGAUCUGUCAGCCAUGGACGCCUUCCGUUCCCGAAGCAUCAGCGUUUCCGAGCAUGCGGUGCGCAGGAUGCAGACGUCCACUACGACGUGCAGUCUGGGCUCCGCGGACGAGAACGCCGUGAUGCAGGCGGACGACACGCUGAAGACGGUUCACCUGGAGCUCACAGAGACCUGCCUGGACAUGAUGGCCCGUUAUGUCUUCUCUAACUUCUCCGCACUGCCCAAGAGGUCUCCUAUCGCUGAGUUCCUAUUGGCUGGUGGCCCCAGCAUGACCUGGCUGGUGGGUAACAAGCUGGUUACCAUAACGACCAGUGGCGGUUCACGUACCCAGACCUUACUGGGCCUCGACACGACAGAGAGACCCGGAGGAGGAGAGAUGACCCGGUCAGACCCGACUCUACACACUAGACAAACGAAGGAAGCUCCCGCCAAACUGGAGUCUCAGUCCAGCCAGCAGCUGAGCCGAGCUACACGCAUCAGAGUCCGCUCUAUGUCUGGCGGUCAUGCCCUGCGUGCGGGAGCGGUGCAGAGUCUCAGUCCCCUGGUCUCUCCCUCUGAGGGGGAGUUCGGUACUCCUCUGGAGGGUCUGAACUGUCCUCGGGGGGAUGACGAGCUCCCGCAGUGCUCCUCCUCUUCGUCCUCACACGCGGCUCCGCCCCUCCGGGACAAGAGCGGCCUGGCCGAGUUCGUUCCCAUGCUCACGCAGGGCUGGGCUCAGAUCUAUAUACGCAGACCAUCAGGAAACACCAGCUGGCUGAUGUGUCUGGAGAACCCACCGAGUCCGUUCUCUUCUGAGCUGGGAAACAUGCCCCUGCAGGAGCUUUCCAGCGUGCUCAUGGCCAUGGACGGGGUACGAGAACCUCAGACUGACGCUCCUCCGGCGUCCUCCGCCCCUACUGACGCCCCCCAGCGUCAUAACAAACCCAGCCUCAUCCAGCGCUCCAAUACAGUGGGUUCUCUCUGCUCUCUCUGCUCCUCCUCUGAUCAGCCAGACAGGUUACAUAGGAGUAUAUCCUGGGCAGACACGGUGGUAGUGUUGGAGGAAGGUGGGCGGGGCAAGGCGCCAGAUUCAGACCCGGAGUCGCCGCAGAUGGAACUGGAGACCACGUCCUCGGAGCCUAUUUUCAUGAGCCCCGAGAUGUUCAAGCCUUCCAACACUAUGCUCAGCAGGUCCUCCUCGACCUCCAGUCAGGAUGACGACAAGUCGACCCUCGAGGAGGUGAGCGAGGGAGGCAUCCCAAUCGACCAGCCUCCCUUGACCUUCUCCACUCCUGGAGCACCAGACUCCGACUUGCCCUUCUCUCACUCACAGACUUUGAACAAAUCCAGCUCCUCCCCAGAACUCCAGACCCUGCCUGAGGCCUUUGCUCGAGCCACGGGUUCAGGGGCCGGAGCAGGAGAGCUGCCCAGGUCUAGGAGCCCAGUUGAGGGAAAGAGCGUGCCAGCUCAGGGUUCAGCUGAGCGAGACACCCUAGGAGAAGCGGAGAGUGUCGGAUCGGCAGGACUUCAGAGCGUUGCCGCCAGCGUAUCCACGUCUUCCUCGGCGUCCAGGAUGAAGCUGGAGUUCCCGAGCGCCCAGCCAGGCUCCCUCUCACCUAGCGGACACAGGCCUCGUGGACACACCAUCUCCGUAUCUGCUCCCUCAUCACGGAGAGAGAGGAGGUCUGACCGAGACGCCUACCACAACCGAGGAGGUGUGUGUAAUGCCGAGAAGAGCUCCGGACUCAGUCCGAGUUUCGUGUUCCUCCAGCUCUACCAUUCGCCCUUUUUCGGCAACGAGGCCAACAAGCCCCUCCUCCUGCCCAAAUCAGAGCUGAUCGACCGAGCGGUGAAAGUGCUGGAUCAGAUGCCGCCGUACGACACUCAUAAGAUAGGAGUGGUGUUUGUCGGGCCUGGACAGGCGAAUAACGAGGUGGCGAUCCUGUCGAACGAGUACGGUUCGAACCGUUACGCCCGUUUCCUGACUGGUCUCGGGAAGCUCAUCCACCUGAAGGACUGCGAUCCGGACCAGAUCUUCCUGGGAGGACUGGAUCACGGACGCUACGCCGACGACGGCGAGUUCACCUACUGCUGGCACGAUGACAUCAUGCAAGCGAUUUUCCACAUCGCCACGCUGAUGCCCAACAGAGAGAGCGAUAAGAGCUGCUGCAAUAAGAAGCGGCACAUCGGGAACGACUUCGUGGUGGUGGUUUAUAACGACUCGGGCGAGGAGUACAAACUCGGGACUAUUAAGGGCCAGUUUAACUUUGUCGAGGUGGUCAUAAAGCCUCUGGACUACGAGAGUAACCUGGUCACGCUGCAGUGUCGGCGAGACCUCGAGGGGUUGGUCGACACCACGGUAGCGAAGAUCGUAUCUGACCGGAACCUUCCUCUGCUGGUGAGACAGAUGGCUCUGCACGCUAACAUGGCGUCACUGGUGCACCAGUACCGAGCGAAUCCGUCCGACGCCUACGCUUCAAAAUGGCUCGCUCGACUCAGACACAUCAAGAGGAUCAGAAUACGGGCUCAAGAGGAGAUCCAGUCCCGGCCCACCCCUGGAAUCUCGCUCACUCAGAGCCACGCCCCCAUGCAGAACAAACCCACCCACCAGACUUCAGGCCCCGCCCCCAACACGGACUCCGGACAGAGGAAGCGGCUCGUUUCCACGGUCGACGACUUCACCGAUUUUGUUUAGGCGUGACCUUUUGACCUUUACCCUUCCGCCCAAAACCCUAACUAGUAUUCUUUUAUCGUUUGUCAUGAAAUUUUCCAUUUCAGAAAUUCAUUUAACAGCCACCAUGUGCUCCCCUGUAUGAAGGGUGGCUUGAUUUACUUAACUUACACUUUUUUUUUGGACAAAACACACUUUUUUUUUUUGUUUGUUUUUAUUUAAUUUUUUUAUUUUAACAUUUAAAAAAAAAAAAACCCCACACCCCCCGUGCUUGUUCUGAGCACAUGCCCACCCGCAAGUUCUGCUUUCUCGCUGCUUGACAAAACGUUCGCUAACUUCCCCUCAAGCACGUUCACGAUGUUUAUCACAAUGUUUCCUUUUUUUUUCUUUUCUUUUUUUUUUCUUUUCUCUCCCUCUCCAUACUUGAUUAGACGUGUUGCGUUAUUUCGGUGAUUUCCAGCUGCGUUUCUGCAUGCUUUAGUCUUUUACCUGCUCUAAACAGAAGAACCCGUGGACUCUGAAAGAGCCUGUUAACAAACAUUGAUUGAAAUGGUUUUGUGCGCUGCUAUAAUAAUGGAUGCCUUGCCCCUGUGUGUGCACAGGUACGUAUGAAAUGUGUGAGUGAGUGAGAGCGAGGUGGCUCAACCCCGUACACGUUCAGCAUUAAGUGCGGACAGCGUUCUAGUGAAGAUCGCCGCCGCCAACUACGUGAACUUCAGUUAAUGCGCCGAAAUCCGUUGUAAUAUCAGGAGCCUGUUUUAGGACUUGAUUCAAUUUAAAACAACCUCCCCCCCCCCCCCCC